AUGAGUCUACCGGGACGAGCCCAUUCGAGAUCAUCACAGGUCAGCAACCACUCACUCCAAUACGCUAUUGCUACAGGUUAUAAGGGAAAUAGCCCAGCCGCUUACCGAUUUGCUAAGGAGUGGCAAGAUCAGAACGAAUUGGCACGCUCGUGCUUGAAUAAGGCGUCAAAGAAGAUGAAGAAAUGGGCCGACAAGAAGCGAAGACAUAUGGAGUAUCAAGUUGGAGACUUGGUCCUUGUCAAGCUUUCUACAUUGGAUCAACAUAAAGGGCUACACAAGAGCUUGAUACGCAAGUAUGAGGGCCCAUUUCCAAUUGAGAAGAGAGUGUGGAACGUGGCUUACAGGGUAAAGCUUCCCCCAACCGUGAAGUAUCAUCCGGUCUUCCAUGUGAGCAUGUUAAAGCCAUAUCAUCAAGAUAUGGAAGAUCCAGAUAGAGGAAAGUCUAGUCGAGCGCCAAUAGGGAUUCGUAUGGAAUUCGACAAGGAGGCCGAAGAAAUUCUUGCGGAUAGGACGGUUCGUGAAGCCAACAACCACCCGAGGUUAAUUCUUGCGGAUAGGACGGUUCGUGAAGCCAACAACCACCCGAGGUUAGAGUACUUUGUGAAGUGGAAGAGCUUACCCGACAGUGAGAACAGUUGGGAACCUACGCGAUCCUUGUGGCAGUUUGAAUACUUGAUCGAGAAGUUUCGUCAGGAGAAGACUAAGCGAUGA